GUGAAGUCCAACCUCAUCCCAGAGAUCCAUGGAUGAUCAAAUGAAUUCCAUACUCCUCUGCAUUAAUCUUCUUCUCAUCCUGAUCAUCAUCCCGGUUCCAACCGUUCUAUCUCAAGAACGCCCAAUGGCUCCUGCCUUGCUCGUGUUCGGCGACUCCAUCGUGGACACAGGAAACAACAACAUGAUAAUCACAACGGUCAAGGCCGACUUCCCUCCCUACGGCAGGGAUUUCCAAGGACGCCAACCAACGGGAAGGUUCAGCAACGGCAGAAUGCCUUCGGAUAUGAUUGCAUCGAUGCUCGGGAUAAAAGAUCUUUUGCCCCCUUAUUACGCUCCUGAUCUGGAAGACGGUGACCUGCUCACCGGAGUAAGCUUUGCCUCUGCUGGUACAGGUUACGAUAAUCUCACAGCUGUGAUUGCGCAAGUUUUCUCGAUGUGGGAUCAAUUGGAGAUGCACAAAGAGUAUAGGGGAAAGCUAGUAGCCAUUGCCGGUGAGGAAACGGCAGAUGCCAUAAUAAGAGAAAGCCCUCAUGUGGUAUUCGCCGGGAACAAUGAUAUAUUGGCCACUUACUUCUUUUCCACUAUCAGACAAAAGACCUUCGAUCUGCCUUCUUACAUCAACUACCUGGUCGACGCCGCUACCAACUUUGUAAAGGAGUUAUACAACUUGGGAGCUCGAAGGAUUGUAGUAUUUGGACUGCCUCCUCUUGGCUGUGUUCCUGUGUCGAGGACUGUGAGAGGAGGAAAGAACAGAGACUGUGUGGACAUUUACAACCAAGCUGCCUCCUCGUUCAACUUUGAGCUAUCCAACAGCUUAAACCAGCUCAACGUGGAUCUUUCAGGAAGUCGGAUCAUUUACUUGGGCAUCUUCGAUGUAAUAGUCGAUCUCAUACAACAUGGUCCGGAUUAUGGGUUUGAGGAAACAACAAAGGGGUGCUGUGGAACUGGAGAAUUCGAAGCUUCGAUUUCUUGUAACAAGUUUAGUCCAUGCACGUGCCCGGAGUCAGAGACGAAUAAGUAUAUAUUUUGGGAUGCUUUUCACCCGACGGAAAGGGCAUUCCACAUCGUCACGGCUGCUGUGCAAUCUCAGCUCUUGAAUGUUUUUCGCUAAGGGGAAUAAUAAACCUCUAAAAGUGUAAUUAAUCCCAGCUCUUGAAUGCUUUUCGCUAGGGGGAAUAAUAAAUUGCUAAAUUAAGUGUGUUUUACUGAAUUUGCAAAUGCAUGGGUAUAAUAUUCUGAGCUA